CAGCCAGCACCAACCAACCCACCAAAAAGUCACCCGCGUCUGUAAACCACGCUCUCCUAUGCGGUAGGUCUUAUCAUUUCUCCUGAAAAACGUUGACCUUCUUCUUCUCGAAACCCUAAUUUAAUUUUCUUACAUUUCUCUCCACGACAAAAAUCCUCCAUGAAUAAGGUUUUAUUAUCUGUGUCCAUUUUAGUUUGAAAAAUUUGUAACAGCUAUAUAUAUCUGUACAGGUUCCAUUUUCAAUAUUUUUCUUCUGUUCCAAUACCUCAUUUUCUUCUGUAAUCAUUUUUAAUCAUUUGUAAAUUUAUCAAAUGGGAAAGCCAACCGGGAAAAAGAAGACUAAUCUGGCCUCCCCAAGAGCAGGAGAUGCUCACCUAAGACAAAGCAAAACGACGACGGAUCGAACAUCAAAGGCUUUCGAUGAAGACACAGCAAUUUUCAUCAACAUGUCGCAAGAACUCAAAGAAGAAGGUAACAAACUAUUUCAAAAACGUGACCAUGAAGGGGCUCUAUUAAAGUAUGAGAAAGCUGUCAAAUUACUUCCAAGAAACCACAUAGAUGGUGCUUAUAUACGUAGUAAUAUGGCUGCUUGCUAUAUGCAAAUGGGCUUAGGUGAGUACCCUCGUGCUAUUAAUGAGUGUAAUUUAGCUUUAGAGAUUUCCCCUAAGUAUAGCAAAGCUUUGUUGAAACGAGCCAAGUGUUAUGAGGCUUUGAAUAGAUUAGAUUUGGCUUUUAGGGAUGUUAGUAGUGUUUUGAGUAUGGAGCCGAAUAAUUUGACGGGGUUGGAGUUGUUGGAGAGUGUUAGGAAGGGUAUGGCUGAGAAGGGUGUUGAUUUUGAUGAGAGGUUGGUUAAUUUGGGUGAUGAAGAGGAGAACGGUGUUGCGCGGUUGCGGAAGGUGGUGAAGGAGAAGGUGAAGAAGAAGAAAAAGGGGGAUAGAACGGUGGAGAAGAAGCCGGAGGAGAAGGAGAAGGAGAAGAGUAGAGUUGUUUUGGAAGAGAAGAAGAAGGUGAAUGUUGUUGUUAAGGAUAAAGAGAUGGUGAUGAAAACUAGUAAGGAAGAGAAAGUUGUUACGAAGGAUGUUCAAGAGGAGAAGGUGAUUGCGAAGACGGUGAAGUUAGUGUUUGGGGAAGAUAUUAGGUGGGCGCAGUUGCCUUUUAAUUGUAGUAUUGGUUUGUUGAGGGAUAUUGUUCGAGAUAGGUAUCCUGGCUUGAAGGGUGUUCUUGUGAAAUAUAAGGAUCCUGAAGGGGACUUGAUUACAAUUACUACUACGGAGGAGCUAAGGAUGGCUGAUUCGUCAGGUGAUUCUCAAGGGUCGCUUAGGUUCUAUGUUGUUGAAGUUAGUCUUGAUCAAGAACCAGCUUAUGAGGGGAUGAAAAUUGAAGAGGUGGUGCAUACUACUGAUAGGAAGCCGAGUGAUACAGUUGAGAAUGGAGUAGAGGAAAUUGUAGAAGUUGAAAGGGGACCAAUUUGUGUUGAUGAAUGGGUUGUUCAGUUUGCACGGUUAUUCAAAAACCAUGUUGGGUUUGAUUCUGACUCGUAUUUGGAUCUUCAUGAACUAGGGAUGAAACUAUACUCAGAGGCAAUGGAGGACACUGUGACGAGUGUAGAGGCGCAAGAACUUUUUGAUAUUGCAGCAGAUAAGUUCCAAGAAAUGGCAGCGUUAGCUUUGUUUAAUUGGGGAAAUGUUCAUUUGUCCCGGGCAAGGAAACGGGUGUUCUUUUCUGAGGAAGGUUCAAGGGAGUCUAUACUUGCAAUGAUUAAGAAUGCAUAUGAGUGGGCCAAAAUAGAGUAUGCGAAGGCAGGGAUGAGAUAUCAUGAAGCUCUGAAAAUCAAACCUGACUUCUACGAAAGUUAUCUCGCACUUGGUCAGCAACAGUUUGAGCAAGCAAAGCUUUGUUGGUAUCAUGCUAUAGGAAGCAAGUUGGAUUUGGAAGCUGGGCCUUCUGAGGAGGUUCUGGAUCUUUAUAACAAGGCUGAGGACUGUAUGGAGAAAGGCAUGCAGAUGUGGGAAGAGAUGGAGGAGCAGCGUCUGAAUGGGCUUUCCAAGUUUGACAAAUACAAAGAGCAGUUACAGAAAUUUGGGCUGGAUACGCUAUUAAAAGACUUACCUGCUGAAGAAGCUGCAGAGCAGGCAGCCAAUAUGAGUUCACAAAUUUAUCUUUUAUGGGGUACCAUGCUGUAUGAGCGGUCCGUUGUUGAAUAUAGGCUAGAGCUACCAACUUGGGAAGAAUGUUUAGAGGUUGCUGUCGAGAAGUUUGAGCUUGCUGGUGCUUCACCAACUGAUAUAGCUGUUAUGAUAAAGAACCAUUGUUCCAAUGAAACGGCACUUGAAGGUUUGGGGUUCAAAAUUGAUGAGAUCGUACAGGCAUGGAAUGAGAUGUAUGAUGUUAAGAGGUGGGAGAGCGGUAUUCCAUCUUUCAGGCUGGAGCCAUUAUUUCGUCGGAGGGUUCCAAAACUUCAUUCCAUGUUGGAGAAUGUUUGAUUUUUUGUCGCUGGUUGUCGGUUAUUCCUUAAGAGCAUUGGCAAUGCUUCAGUUUUCAAAUUCAUUUUAAUAUAGGUCAUUCUUUUUUUCCUUUGAAUUGUUGUGUAUUUUGCGAUUGUUGUCUGCUUCUGAAGCAAAUAGCGGAAGCUUGCGUCGAGCAUUGUCAGUUUCGGAUUGAAACUGAAAGCUGAUUGUCAAAGUGUAAGCAAAUAGCGAGUUGUGAAGCUGGUUGGUUUGAUACAUCAGAUUUUUGUUUUGAUAGUGUAGUUUACACAGUUGAGAAAGUGAGAAUAUGAUUGAUUUGUUCAUCCUAUAGAAUACGUCUGGGUUUGCAUGCAGGCUAUAGGUUUAGCCUGCCUCUUAUAGAUUGUUAGCUUUGGCCUUUUCUUUUAUAACAAUUUGUUGGGUUUGUUGUAUCUAUCAUCUUUGAAUGCUCUUUUAUCCUACAUUUUUUUAUAUUGAAAUACAUUAAAUUCUUUGUGUAA